AUCAACACCGCUGUGGUGGCGCCUGCGAGGAGGAGCCGGGGACGCCUGGGGACCGGCGCGCAGCCCGCGGGGUAUCAGGCGGGGCUUGGGCGGUGAGGGGCGACCGGCAGCCAUGGCGGAGUCAGCGCCUGCUCGGCACAGGAGGAAGCGCCGCUCCACACCUUUGUCUGCUUCCGCACUGCCUGCACAAGCAACAGGGAAAAGCUCCUAUUUGCAGACUACGGAGAUCUCACUCUGGACCGUCGUGGCUGCUAUUCAGGCCGUGGAGAAGAAGAUGGAGUCCCAGGCUGCCCAGCUACAGAAUCUGGAGGGGCGGACGGGGACAGCGGAGAAGAAGCUGGCCGACUGCGAGAAGUCGGCCGUGGAGUUCGGGAACCAGCUGGAGGGCAAGUGGGCCGUGCUGGGGACCCUGCUGCAGGAGUACGGGCUGCUGCAGAGGCGGCUGGAGAACAUGGAGAACCUGCUGAGGAACAGGAACUUCUGGGUCCUGCGGCUGCCCCCGGGCAGCAAGGGGGAGGCGCCCAAGGUGACCAGGUCACUUGAAAAUGAUGGAGUCUGUUUCUCAGAGCAGGAGUGGGAGAAUCUGGAGGACUGGCAGAAGGAGCUGUACAGAAAUGUGAUGAAGAGCAACUAUGAGACUCUGGUCUCUCUGAAGGUCCUUGGCCAGCCAGAAGAAGAAGCAGAGUUGGGUACAGAGAUGCUGGGUGACUUGGAGGACGAAGGCCCUGGUGGUAUCCACCCAGCAGAAGGGGUUAUGAUCAAGCAGGAAAUACAGUUCACACAGGGAGGCUCUGUGGAUCUUCCUGGAGGGUUCUCUGCCAUUGCUGAAGAGCAGACUUUGCUGAGCCCAGAGCCGACUGCACUCUGGGAUGGGCAGGGCAGUUCUGCCCUCUUGGAAUCGGGUCCCAGAGACACUAAUCUGGAGGAGGCCAUGGAGGCCAGUAGAGACGCCAGCAGCAGCAGGACUCUGGGCAGCCCCCUGGAGCAGAAGCCUAGUAGGCAGAUGCCACUGGCUCAGGGACAGGGGCAGGGCCUGCAGCUGCAGAGGGACUCUUCCAGUCCCUGUGAAUGUUCAGAGUGUGAGAUCAACUUACGCUGUAAGCAGCAGCUGGCCACGCAUCUCCGGAUGCACUCGGGGUGGGGGUCUUACACAGCCUCGGAGCCCGAGGUGAGCCUUAGACCCAGGCCACGGCUGAAGCCCCAGUCCAGGAAGGCAAAGCUGCAUCAGUGUAACGUGUGCAUGAAGAGCUUCGGUUGCAGAGUGAGCCUGGUGACCCACCAGCGCUGCCACUUGCAAGAGGGACCCAGUGCUGGUCAUCGUGUCCAGGAGAGGUUCUCGCCAAACAGCCUGGUGGCGCUGCCCGGCCACAUCCCUUGGAGGAAGAGCCGGAGUUCCCUCAUCUGUGGUUACUGUGGCAAGAGCUUCAGCCACCCAUCUGACCUGGUGCGGCACCAGCGCAUCCACACGGGCGAGCGACCCUACAGCUGCAGCGAGUGCGAGAAGAGCUUCGUCCAGAAGCAGCACCUCCUACAGCACCAGAAGAUCCACCAGCGCGAGCGGGGCGGGCCGGCCCCAGAACCUGCAGGGCCCAGUGGUCUGCUUUAAGGCUGCCAGCCCCUCGCCCGGCCGGGGGGCGGAGGGGGCUGGCAUUGGUCCCCCCAGAGAGACACUGUGCAGAGUCAGGGACUGACUGCUUCCCAAGGGGAGUCACUUUGACUUGCCUGGCCCGGGCCGGGCCUCUGCCUGCCGUCUUCACCCUGCUGCUGAGUUGGAGUCUCUUUGGCUCCUUCAGGUCUCGGUUUUCCCAUAUGUGCUGAUAGUUGUUGGCUGGGUUGACUGUCUCCCAGGGCCUGGUGACUGGUUCCAGGGCCUGUCCCAGCACUGCAGGUGUUCUGUGGGGUUGAGUCGAGCCAGAGGCAUAAGCAGAGCUCUGGCCCUCCAUUCCCUCUCCUUUUUUUAGUCUCUGUUAAUAACAAGUGGAAAAAGUAAUUUAAGUGGAUUGCUUACCCUGCUCUGAAGAACCUUUUUUUGGAAUUAGAUUUUAGUUGAUUUAAAAAAUAUAUAUAGUCUGACACUUGUUUUUAAGCUU